AUGGCGGAAUUCGUGCGAGCCCAGAUCUUUGGCACCACCUUCGAAAUCACGAGCAGGUAUACCGACUUGCAGCCAGUGGGCAUGGGCGCUUUUGGGCUAGUUUGCUCUGCAAAGGAUCAAUUGACAGGCCAGUCUGUUGCUGUCAAGAAGAUCAUGAAGCCUUUCUCUACUCCGGUCCUUGCGAAACGAACCUAUCGAGAACUCAAGCUGCUGAAGCAUCUGCGACAUGAAAAUGUCAUUUCGCUCAGCGAUAUUUUCAUCUCCCCGCUGGAGGACAUUUACUUUGUCACGGAAUUGUUGGGAACAGAUCUUCACCGCCUUUUGACCUCCAGGCCACUGGAGAAACAAUUCAUCCAGUAUUUUCUCUAUCAGAUUCUGCGAGGUCUGAAGUAUGUCCACUCUGCUGGCGUCGUUCAUCGAGACUUGAAGCCCAGCAACAUUCUGGUGAAUGAAAACUGCGAUUUGAAGAUUUGCGAUUUUGGCCUGGCUCGAAUUCAAGACCCUCAGAUGACGGGUUACGUGUCAACCCGGUAUUACCGAGCCCCGGAAAUCAUGCUCACCUGGCAGAAGUAUGAUGUCGAGGUGGACAUCUGGAGUGCUGGAUGCAUCUUUGCCGAAAUGCUGGAAGGGAAGCCACUCUUCCCGGGCAAGGACCACGUCAAUCAAUUCUCCAUCAUCACCGAACUGCUAGGCACGCCGCCUCAAGACGUGAUUGAAACCAUCUGCAGCGAGAACACCCUGCGAUUUGUUCAGUCACUUCCUAAGAGGGAACGACAACCUCUGAGCACCAAAUUCAAGAACGCCGAUCCUGCCGCCAUCGACCUGCUAGAGAAGAUGUUGGUCUUCGACCCACGGAAACGAGUGUCUGCUGCUCAGGCCCUCGAGCACGAAUACCUCGCCCCCUACCACGACCCUACCGAUGAGCCUGUAGCCGAAGAGAAGUUCGAUUGGUCAUUCAACGAUGCUGAUUUGCCGGUCGAUACUUGGAAGAUCAUGAUGUAUUCGGAAAUUCUUGAUUACCAUAACAUUGACAACCAAGAGAGCGACAUGGGAAGUAAAGCAUUGUCGGUUGAGGAAGCUCAAGCCAUCAACGGGCAGACGGUUCAGUAG